CUCCUCCCCACACCUUCUCGACCUUCUCUCUGCUCUCUCUUCGAUUCAAUGGCGGAUCGUGUGAAAGGUCCAUGGAGCCAAGACGAAGACGAGCAGCUACGUAUGAUGGUUGAGAAACACGGACCAAGAAACUGGUCGGCGAUCAGCAAAUCGAUCCCAGGUCGUUCCGGCAAAUCUUGUCGGUUACGUUGGUGCAAUCAGUUAUCUCCCGAGGUUGAGCAUCGUCCUUUCUCUCCCGAGGAAGACGAGACCAUCGUAACGGCUCGCGCUAAGUUCGGUAAUAAAUGGGCAACGAUCGCUCGUCUCCUCAAUGGUCGUACGGACAACGCAGUGAAGAACCAUUGGAACUCGACGCUGAAACGGAAAUGCUUAGGAGAGACGGAAGAUCGAGGGAAGAAGAUGAGGAGAUCGGUGAGCUCAGAAUCUGUUCCGGUGGAUACUGGAUUGUACAUGAGCCCCGAGAGUCCCACGGAGGUUGUGCCGGUUUCAGGCGGAUUCGCGGCGGCGUCGCCGGUGGAAAUGACGUCUUCGGAGGAGGAGGAGGAUCCGGCGACGGCGUUGAGUCUGUCGCUGGCGGUUCCCGCCAAGAACGCGGGUUCGAGCGGCGGCGGCGACAACUCGUUGCUGUUUCCGAGGUUUGAGAGUCAGAUGAAGAUUAAUGGAGAGGAGAGGAGGGGUGAGUUUAUGAGGGUGGUGCAUGAGAUGAUUAAGGCGGAAGUGAGGAGUUACAUGGCGGAGAUGCAGAGAAACAACAAUGGUGGUGGUGGUGGGUUUGUUGGGGGAGGUUUCUAUGAUAGUGGAAUCGCGCCUAAGGUUGAGUAGUUUUUUUUGGCACGUGAGAGAGAGAGUUUAGGUGAUCGAAUCGGGUUUGGGGAUUUGAGGAGCAAUCCAUUUUUUGGGUUGUGGUGAAGUCAAGAAUGUACAGUUGAAUUAAAAUUGGAUAAUAAUAAUAUUUAUGGAAUAAUCUUUAUUCAUAAACAUAUUAGGAUCUCUCUGUAUUUGAUGAUCAUCGUGUCAAAAAUGAAGUGAAUGCAGAUUGUUAUACCUAUAUACAUCGUACAGUGUCAGAACCAAC